GUGAAAUAGAACAUAAACCAUAUAAUCUUUCAAAUAAUGAAUUGAAAGAAAUUGGGGAAAAAAUGGUAUCAAUGAGAAAGGAUAUGCCUCUUGAUAUAGGAAAACCUCCUAGAGAUAUUUCAAAACACCAUGCUGGAUUUAAAGCAGUGGAAUGGAGAAAUUGGAUUAUUCAUUAUUCUAUACCAUUAUUAAUAAAAUAUCUUCCUGAAAGAUAUAUAAAAGGAUGGGCAUUUUUUGUAAAAGCAGUAAAAUUGUGUUUAAAUUGGACAAUAACUAAUGAAAAUUUGAUUGAAAUUGAAGAAAAUCUCAAAAAAUUUUAUCAUCAUUAUGAAAGUUCUUAUUAUGAAUUUGAAGUAGAACAAAUUUCUACAUGUCGUAUUUGCUAUCAUUAUCUUUUACAUGUAACUGAAUGUAUAAAAUUUUUAGGUCCUUGUUGGUGUUAUUGGCAAUUUCCUAUGGAAAGAAUUUGUGGAAUGUUAUUACCACUUGUUAAAUCAAAGAUCAAACCUUAUGAAAAUUUGGCUAAUAAUAUAUCUUUAAUGAAUUGUAUGUCACAUAUACCAUAUGUACCUGAUCUUAAACAUAUACUUAUUGAAGAAGAUAAUGAAAAAAAAUGGAGUAGCAAUCAA